UCUUCAGGGAUCACCAAGCUUGGUUUUCCUCCUCUCCCUUCUACUGCGUCUAUUUCUCUGUGAACAAGACAUGAUUAAUGUCUAAUUCUUGACUUCCUUUCAGUUUAACACUAUAGUUUAGGAUUAAAUAUUAUAAUAACCAGUGACCGCCAGAUGAUCGGGUCUUUUUUUUUAAAACCGAAAUAGUUACAGAGGAAGAAGGAAGAGGAGGAGGAAGAGGUGAAGCACCUGUCUCAUGCACAUUGUUUGCUCUGUGGCUUUUCUCCAGCACCGGAGCAGGACACAGCUGCGCAAGUUCAGGGUUAAAGGACUUUUGGGAGGCUCCGUGGUGACUCUGGUAUUUAAAAAAAUGGCUGGGUGGAUUAUCUGAGUGGAGAGGUGACAGAAACGGAGACGUAGGUGGAGGUGAUGACGAUGAUGAUGAAGGUCGACGGCGCUCUGCAGAAGGAGAUGGACGAGAGGAAUCUGCGUCCUCGUCUCUGCUACCUGACCAAAGGCGAUCGCGGUUAUGGCUUCCACCUGCACGGAGAACGAGGCAGCGGCGCGCAGUUCAUCCGCAGGAUCGAGGCGGGGUCUCCGGCAGAGCUGGCAGGACUGCGCUCAGGGGACCGCGUGGUGGAGGUGAACGGAGAGAACGUGGAGAACGAGUCACACCAUCAGGUGGUUCAGAAGAUCAUGGAGAUGGAGAACAGGACAAGGCUCUUGGUGGUGGAUCGAGAGACGGACGAGUUUCUGCUUCUCCACUCCCUGCCCUGUACUGAGGACCUGGCGGUGGAGAUGAGCUGCCUCAUCUCACCCCGUGCCUCUUCGUCUUCCCUCGCUUCCUCCACCCUGAGCUUCACCUCGUCCUUGCGCGACUCUCUCACUCCAUCACCAUCAGACUCCAUAGUUUUAUCACCGCGAGACUUCGUGUCUCACUCUCUCUCGGGCACCAUUAGUUCAUUAAUGCUGCCCCAAUCCACCUCUUCAUCACCACCUGACUCCAUCAAUCCGUUACCCAAAGACUCCAUCAUUCCAUCACCGCAAAACUCCACUCCAUCGCCAGGAGACUCCAUUAAUCAAUCCCCCUACGACGCUAUUACUCAAUCUCCAUCUAACUCCAUCACUCAAUCACCAACUAACCUCAUAAUCCAAUCCCCCUUUGACUCCAUCACACAUUCACCAUCUGACUUAAUUACUACUCCUUUCAUCAGAGAAAAAUCAGAUGACACCCAUGGAAUGGAAGACACCGGCACCACCAACAACCAGAAGAGGUCAGGAAAAGAGGACAUGGUGAUGCGUGACCUGAGGCCGCGGCUGUGUUACAUCGUUAAGGACGAGCAGGGUUUUGGCUUUAACCUGCACUGUGAUAAGCGCCGUGUGGGUCAGUUCAUCCGCUCAGUCGACCCGGAUUCACCUGCACAGAGAGCCGGACUACAUCCUGGAGACAGACUCGUCCAGGUGAACGGCAAAAGUAUCGAGGGUCUGAGGCACUCAGAGGUGGUGAAGAUAAUCCGAGGAGGAGGAAGACAGACCAGACUGCUGGUGGUGGAUCAGGAAACGGACGAGCUGUUUGACAAACUCGGCAUCACACCGACCACGGCACACCUCAAUGAGGACUGUGUGGAUGGUCCACUCGUACAGAGUCCCACCUCAACCUGUCCAGUCAAAGACAGCUCAGAGUCUCCAUCAGUAAUCCGCAGUGACUCGUUGGGCCAACCGCCAAUCAAAACCCUCGCUGAGACAGAUCCACCAAUCAGAAACGAGUCUCUGAAGCAGCAGAAUCAUGGACGCUGCGUCUCCUCCAGGUCUGUCGCUUCAGACACGAGCAUGGAGUUGAGCAGCUCUGACACCAGCAACAUGAUAACAGAUAUGGUGCAGGGCGAGUGUAACAGUGCCCCUGCUGUGCAGGAGGUAAAGUUGGUCAAGGAUUUGGACCCGCUGUGGGCAAGCGGCCUGCGUCUGAGCCCCACGGCGGCUGAGGCCAGGCAGAAGGUCAUUUCGAAGAAGGGCAACAAGAGAGCGCCCCCUAUGGCCUGGAACAAGAAAUACGAGAUCUUCUGCAACUUCUGAGCUGUUCAGCAAAAAAAAACAAAAACAAAAAAACAGAAGCCAGGAUGAAACAUUUGACCCUGGAACACGAAUGAAGGAAACCAGAACAUUCCUGAUUCAGCUUCCUGGCUUCUAUGCGUCUAAAAAUAGCAACAUCUCAGGAAAAAACAGGGAUGACCAUACCAUGCCACUGUGGUUACACCACUCAGGAACGGUAAAGAGAGACAGAUGAAUUGAUAGAGUGAAGGUGAAGAAGUGAAAGUUAAAGGCUGAGGUUGGAAAGUGAAGUUGAAAGGAAAGGAGUGGGAGGGAGAGAGAGAGAGACACGGGAGAGAGAGAGAGAGCGAGAGAGAGAGAGAGAGAGAGAGAGAGAAGAUGGCUUAAUCUGUACGUAUAUCUGAAUCUAGCAAACAACCAGGGUUAAAAAAAUUGUUAGCAUUGGAGAAACUGCUUUCAAAAUGGCUGCCUAUUUAUUUAAAAACGGCUGCCUAAUGAAACAAAGUGGCUGCCUAAUGAAACAAAAUGGCUGCCUAAUGACAAAUUUUUUAAUGAACGUGAGAAAACUAACCACAGCCUCAUGUUUUCUGACUGAACCAUUAUGGUCAUUAUUCCUCCUAUUUUACCACGUAAUCGAAAAUAUACGAAGUAUUUAGGAACGACUAAUACGUUAACGUUUCUUUAUUUAGAUUUUAGAUACUAAUUCGUUUUGCUAAAUACCGUGAUUCACACUCGAGUUUGCGUCGGACGUUUUAAACAGUGAAACUGAAUUCAUUUAUAAAAACCUGGUUAUUAUUGUGCGAUUUUAAGGAACAUUUCAGAGUGAACCGGCGAAACAACAGCGCGCUAACGAGCUACACAGUAAUAUAUAUCACAAUAUUACAAAAAAUUAGCAUGAUAAAUAUUCUGACACUAAAAUAAUCUAGUACUAACAGGUUUAUGAGAAAACUUUUAUGAGGUUUAUCUGUGAAGUGAUGAGGCUCAGAAAUAGUUCAGAAAUUCAAACACUUUCUGAAACAUUACCUUUUGUCAUGUGCAGUACGCUUUUAUUUUUAAACAACUUCACAAAAAAAUAAUAUGUCAUGUUUUACAUACAACUUUUUAUAUUUUUUCAAAUAAAUGUAUAUUCAAAUGUUUCUAUAUAUUUAUGUAUGUUAUACAGUAUUUGUUACAACUCAAUAGAAAAGAUUUUGAUUUUGA